AUGAAUCCAGCCACCGACGACGCCCCUACGCCUCCAAGUCCGAUUAAAGCUCCCCGGAAAAGAAAGAGAAUAGUAAUAUCGUGCACGGAAUGUCAUCGUCGCAAGCAGAAGUGUGAUCGCGCAUCUCCUUGCUCCAACUGCAUCGCAAGAAACAAACGAUCCCUAUGUCACUACGAGAACGAGUCAGCCCGGAAGCAACAACUCCUCGAAGAGAGAGUCAAUGCCGCCUCGGUCAAUGGAGGACAAUUCAGCGUGAUAAAGCCCAAUGAUGGGGACUCCGACACGGCGGCGCAAAUUACAGGCCUUGGAUAUGCAAGACCGAACGGCAACAACAAUACUACCCUGGGUAUCUACCAGAAGAUACAGAAACACGACAGUGAGACAGGAUUGUUGAUGUCGAGACCGAUGACAAGUGAUCGGGAACAGACUGGAUUACGGGAAAAGUACAAAAAUCUCAUCAGGCAGCUACCUUCGAAACCAUAUAUCGACAAGCUCCUAGUUACGUUCUUUCGUGAAGUCAAUUAUCAAUAUUACUCCAUAGACGAAGGGAUUUUUCGGGAUCAUCUGCAAGACUGGCAUAAUCUGCCAUUCGCAACUAUAAAUAAAGGACCUUCAGAGUUGCCUCCGGAUCUACAGUUCUUUCCAGCGCUACUAUUCCAAUGCCUAGCGCUUGCACUACAGUACCAACCUAUCGAAUACGAUCAGAGUCUCGACGCAUUGAAAUAUGCUGGCGGAAUGUCAUUCGAUGAUUUAGCAAGUGAUUAUAGCGAGUCGAGCCUUUCGAUAUUGAAUCUCCUAGGCAAGAGACAGACGACCUUGGUAACGGUUCAAGCUGGGUUUUUACGGACGUCAUAUUUGAAGAGCGUAGGUAUGAUUACAGAAUCAUGGCAUUCGUUAUCAUCCACAAUUCGCGAUGCACAAGAAAUUGGUCUGCACAGGGAUAUCAUCAAGAGCAGGAAGCCAGACGAGAAGCCGGAAGAUAUACUUGAUGGCUUGUGGCAUGAGCAACUUCGAAGAAGAGUGUGGUUGAUAUUGUCACUAUGGGAUAUCCACAUGGCAGUUGUUCUCGGUCGACCGACGACGAUUGAUCCUCGCGACGGAAAACCCUCAUUCCCGAUUGAUGCACCGGUCCCCAAGAAUCGGAGAGAAGCAGCACCCGUUCCAAGAUCAAAUUCAGAUCCUCCAACACCUUUGACGAUGCUUCUGUGGAGUGUGGAAAUCAGUGCGCCUUUGUGGGAUAUUUUCAACCUGGAAAAGGAGGAUCCGAAUCAGAACAAUACAGCCAGAGUGGAAAAGAUGCACACCAUGAUCAAACAGAUACAAUAUCAUUGUCCUCCAUUUUUUAGAGCUCAGAAUCCAGAUACAUCUUUUGAUGCCUUACCUGAAUGCUACUGGCUACCGAACUGUCGAAACACGUUUCAAGGUUCCGCCGCAUUUACCAUCAUGGCUCUCCACCGUCCAUACAUCUUCACCACCAGCACCAGUCGAACCUGUGCAUUAAAAGCUGCAUUAGACGUACUUCGAGCGCAGCGGACCCUGUUUAACAACUUGAGCUCUCUGCACUACAAGAUGUUCUCGUUAGUUCUCAACACAUUCGAUGCCAUUGUUCUUGUGGCUGUGGUUUACAUCUUAUAUCCGUAUGAAAAUAGAGAAGAUCUAGAUGACGCUCUUCAACACUUUGAAUGGGGCAUGGAGAGGUUCCAGACGAUGAGCGAACGAAAUUCGAUGGCGAGGGCAGCAUUAGGUGUAUUAAAAGCAAUUCAUGUUCGAUUGAAUAAAGCAUUGAAAAUCCAAAAAGGGCCAGGGAAACUUAUCCCAUCAUCUCCCACUUCUGCUACACCAGAAGCCUAUCCGAACAACCAAUUCGCGCCACCGUCUUUGACACCUUCGAACACAUCGCUCAGAUCCGAUAGCAACGGCGGCCAAUACAACGUCCCAUCGAUAGCCAAUCUCACCUCUCCAGCAGAAAGCAUACCCAGUUCCGCCACGGCAUCUGGUUGGGACGCAACUCCGCAAGUAGAUUUCAGCUCCAUUACCCCGCUACAUCCGAUGCACGAUCUCAUCUACAACGAUCUCGGCACUGGAAUGGAGGACAUGAAUUCGAGCUCCUAUGAAACUGGGACGUGGGAUAUCAAUAGUCUUGGUAUUGGAUCUGGAGUCGGUGCUGUGGGGCCAGUAGGCGCGCCAUGGCAGUUUGCGGGCGAUUUUGGGAGUGAUAGUUUCUGGGGUGUGAUGAAUACUUAUCAACCGUGA